CUAAAGAAAUUUAGCAUUAAUUUAGCAUUCUAACACAUGAGUGUCUCCACAGGAGAGCAGUGACCUGACACUUGAGUGCCUCCACAGCGGAGUAGUGUCCUGACACUUGAGUGCCUCUACAGCGGAGUAGUGCCCUGACACUUGAGUGCCUCCACAGCGGAGUAGUGUCCUGACACUUGAGUGCCUCUACAGCGGAGUAGUGCCCUGACACUUGAGUGCCUCUACAGCGGAGUAGUGCCCUGACACUUGAGUGCCUCUACAGCAGAGCAGUGCCCUGACACUUGAGUGCCUCCAGAGCGGAGCAGUGCCCUGACACUUGAGUGCCUCUACAGCAGAGCAGUGCCCUGACACUUGAGUGCCUCUACAGCAGAGCAGUGCCCUGACACUUGAGUGCCUCCACAGCGGAGCAGUGCCCCUGACACUUGAGUGCCUCCACAGCGGAGCAGUGCCCUGACACCUGAGUGCCUCUACAGCAGAGCAGUGCCCUGACACUUGAGUGCCUCUACAGCAGAGCAGUGCCCUGACACUUGAGUGCCUCUACAGCAGAGCAGUGCCCUGACACUUGAGUGCCUCUACAGCAGAGCAGUGCCUCAUCAAGUGUCACAACGCAGCUUCUGAUUAGUGUACCAGCACCUAUGUGUCUGCUCCUGAGUGCCUCAGUGCUUGAUUGUCUUUAUGGCACCUGAGUGCCUAGUCUCCUGAGUGUCUCAGUGUCUCUGCUGUCGAGUGCCUACCAGUUCCUGAGUGCACCAUUGCACAUCUGCCUCAGCACCUGUUGAGUGUCUUGGCUCUAAAGUGCCUCAGAACCUGAUCGAGCGUCUCUGCUCCUGAGUUUCUCAGUACCUGAGUGUCACAGCUCCUGAGUGUCUCAGUACCUGAGUGUCACAGCUCCUGAGUGUCUCAGUACCUGAGUAUCACAGCUCCUGAGUGUCACAGCUCCUGUGUGUCACAGCUGAGUGUCUUAGUACCUGAGUGUCACAUUUCCUGAGUGCCUACAGUUAAAGUGGAUGUGUACACAAUUAUUAAGAAUAAGAAAAGGAGUGCUUAUUUAGCCUUCUACAAUAGUAUAUAAAACACAAUGUAUAAUUAAGAACAAAAAACAUACAGUAGCUGUACAAUGAAGUGUGCCAAUACAAAUGAAGAAUUCAUCCUUCCAGUUGUUCAUAUCCGCAUAGUUCGUGAGAGUGUCAUCCAUACAUUUGCUUGUGAUUUCUGUCAGAAGAGUUUUGAGUUUGCUGAUGACCUUACUCAUCAUGUGAAUUCCAGCCAUUCAUCUUUGAAUAUCCAAGAAGUCUAUGUUUGUCCAAGUUGUCGGUGUUGUGUUCUGAGCCACAAUGAUCUGCUAGACCAUCUUUCUGCACGACAUCAUGUGGAGACUGGUAUCAGAGAAAAUUCAACCUUAUGCGAAUAUUGUGGCCUAAAUUUAAUGACCAAUCAGUGCCUGCUGGAUCACUUGGUGCUCGAGCAUUAUUCAGGGAUGACUGAAACAUAUGUGUCUGUUCUGGGUAUUGUUGAACUCAGCCUCAAAGAUAUCUUUAGUAUGGGAAUGGGAAAUCCAGAUUGUAAGACUCUUUUCCAAGUUACUGAAGUAUCAUUAACAAAAUAUAGAGACAAUUCUUCAGAAUCAGUGACAAAAGCUACUAAAAUCAACUGUGUUAGACCAGAUAAUUUACAAACAGGAAUUGAAGGCAUUGUGAAUAAUAUAUCAUUUGAAGAUACAUCACAACAAUGUAGUAAAAAUAUUAAUGUUAUAUCUUCCUUGGGAAGUAGGUCUUUAAGCUCUAUAACUGAAACAGCUCAGGGUUUUCCAGAUGUUUGUGGUAACUCUUUGAAUGAGAUAAUAUAUGAACAAAACGAGCGACAAGAGUGUGAGUCUCAGCUAGAGAUGAUCAUAUGCUGUGACACAGAUGAAAAAUCUCCUGCAGCAUCUUCACCUGGAGAAAUCAUAUUGACUAUAGAAAGUGAGGAAGAAUUAAUAUGGAGCAAAGAUAUUAUGUCACAAGUGAUAUGUUCAAGUGGAAUUCUGAAAAGGUCACCUGGAUCCACCGAGAGGAAGGAGCCAGUGUCUCAAAGUGUCACAGUAGAGCAAGUAAAGAACUGGGGUGAUGGUUAUUCCCCUGGAGUGAACCAUGGGACUCAAGCACAGCAGCAAGCACAUUGUGAAGGAAAGCACAGUGAUGGUAUACCAGACAGACAGUGUCAUUUGAAUAUGCAUGAUCUGAAAAUAAACUUUACCAAACCGUCUGUUAUUGACACUGGUGCCAAAUCUUGUAAUUGGCACUUACUAUCAUCAGUAAAAAAUGGAAGUACCAAGAAAGUUAAGACAAGCUUCAGUGCUCAAAGAGGUGGUCAGAAAGAGAAGGUGUGCAACAUCUGUAAAAUGGUUUUCAGCCAUCGUGGAAGCCUAGAGCAACACGAAAAUGCAUGCCAUGGUAUACGCAUCAAGUGUGACCUAUGUGAUGCCAGUUUUGUUUUUUCUAAAUCACUACGCAACCACCACCUAAGAAAGCAUGCUAGCACUGAUGGUUUCAAGUGUGAGGACUGUGAUAAAAUUUUCAAGUGCAGAAGUAACCUUUGGUCCCACCGUCUAGUCCAUCUGAGUCAAGAGAUGCGGAGAUUCCCGUGUCCUCAAUGCCCUCAGCGAUUCACUACAAAGUCUAAAUUAAAUAUUCACCUGAAAAUUCACACAGGUGAAAAGAAAUUUCAGUGUGAACAGUGCGAAAAGGGCUUUGCUUAUCAAAGCUUGUUUGUGCGCCAUAUGAAGAAGCAUUUUGCAGAGAGAGAGAGCAAUGUCUUGGGGUGAACAAACAGAAUAAAUGUGAAUUUUAUCCAUUUUUAAUCAUUCGUAUAUUGUGUCAAACAUAUCACAUUGCAGUUAGCUGAACUAAUCUACAGUUGAAGGUAGUACAGUUGGGAUUCGCUCUUAAAUCGCAAUCGAGAAUCCUGGGUUUGAAUUCACAGUUGGAUUAGGUUCCGACCACCACAGGAUGCAAACAGGUUAAGAUCCACGAGCCCACUAUGAGUCGACCACAAUCACAAAGGAAUGUCUACGCUGAAAAAGCAGAUUACGAGAUUCACACAAUUUCAUAAAAGUUCUGCCAUAUGAAGAUGCUUACUGGGAGACUUAUGUUAAAAAAAUUAGAUAUUUAACUACUGUAUACUGCAUUACAAGUCCUGGAAGAAUAUCAGGAUAUUGUAACAAAUUUGAGUUCAGAUUUUAGCAUGUUUUAUACCAUUUGCCAUACAAAGUAUAUCUAGCUACAUUUGUAGUCAUGUUGUUUGUAUAUUACAUGAAAAUAAAACAAGCAAAAGUUU